GCCCUGUCUUUCGUCGUUGAUACAUAGCCUGUGGCCGUGAAGACUGCUUUCGAAAUCAUGCCCGCUGAAUCCCUGAUCGUCAAAGCACUAGUCAUAGAUUUGGCCAGCAGCUGGGGCACUAGUGAUUGCUUUAUGAGUUUGGAGGGCUUGGAGGAUUUGGGACAGACGCCAGGAUUCUUCAUUGCCUUCACGCGCGAGAUCUUCUCCGGCGAGGGAGGUACCAAGAAAGUCCGAGAGCCGUUUUGCGAUUAUGAAAUCAGCGAAUUCCUGGUUUGAGGCUAAUCGGCGGGAGCUGUGUGCUGUUGUCGCAGCAGCGGCGGCUAGAACAAGUUUGGGCAAGUGUUGUUGAGGAGCAUGGUGGCUUAGGUGUCUUGGGCACAGGAUGGCCACCCCAACUACGUGUGAUGCCAGAAAGAUGAAAGGGGUAUCCUAGGUUGGCACAUGGCCAUCACGAACGGCCGGCAACAUUACGCACUACUGCACGUAAUACCAGAACCACUAUCCGAUGACUUUCGAAUCGAGUCGAACUACUUAUAGCAAGGCGUCUUACUGCUCAAGUAGACUGCGCAGAAUCGCUAUCAAUCAAUUG